CAGCUUUUCAGUGAAAGCAACACCAAACUCGUGAUCAACAAUCUGGAAGCCUUUAAACUUUUUAUCUCUUCAAGAAAAAAAAUAUUUGAGACUUUCGAAGCUGUAUAUGAACACAUCUGAUUCUUAUUCACAGCUUUAAAGAGAAGACCAACAAUGGCAGAAUCUUCACCAACAUCACCAAGACAGACCAGAAUAAAGAAUAUGAGUCCACCUCCAUAUCUGUCUGAAAAGCUUCAGUGUUGUGUGUGUCUGGAUUUGUUCAAUGAUCCAGUCAGCACUUCAUGUGGACACAACUUUUGCAACAACUGCCUGGGUACAUACUGGGACAACAGUCAGAUCUACAGCUGUCCAUACUGUAAAGAAACAUUUAGUAAAAGACCAGAACUCAAGAUAAACACUACACUUAGAGAGAUCACGCUGAUCUUUAAGGAAAAGUUCAGUCUGAGAAGAUCUGAAGUCCUCUGUGACGUCUGUGAUGAAAGAAAACUGAAAGCCCUGAAGUCCUGCCUGAUGUGUCAGACAUCUUACUGUGAAACUCAUCUGGAGCCUCACCAGAGAGUCCUGAACUUAAAGAAACACAAACUGCUGGAUCCUGUGGAGAAUAUAAAGGACUAUAUAUGUGUGAAACAUGAGAGACCUCUGGAGCUCUUCUGUAGAGAUGAUCAGACAUGUGUUUGUGUGUUUUGUACUGAUGGAGAUCACAAGAAUCACAACACUGUCCCUCUAGUGGAGGAGACUAAAGAGACAGAGACUCAACUAAAGAAGAUGCAGCAGUAUGCAGUGGAUGUGACUCUGGAUCCUGAUACAGCAAAUCCAGAACUUAUCCUGUCUGAAGAUAGAAAACAAGUGAAACAUGGAAGCAUUUGGCAUGGACUCCCAGAUAAUCCACAGAGAUUUGAUAGAUUAAUAAGUGUUCUGGGAAAAGAGGGAUACUCCUCAGGGAGAUUUUAUUUUGAGGUUCAGGUAAAGGACAAAACGAACUGGGAUUUAGGAGUGGUCAGUGAAUCUAUUAAAAGAAAGGGAUCGCUCAAAGCAAUUCCUCAGAAAGGAUUCUGGAUUGUGUCUCUGAGAAAUAAUAAGAAUUAUUUGGCCUUUGCUCAUACUGAUAUCUUUCUGUCUCUGAAAGUGAAACCGCAGAAGGUCGGGGUGUUUGUGGAUUAUGAGGAGGGUUUGGUUUGUUUUUAUGAUGUAGAGUCCAGGUCUCAUAUCUACUCUUUCGCUGGUCAAACUUUCACUAAGAGACUUUUUCCUUACUUUUGCCCAUGCCAUAAUAAUGCAGGUAGAAAUUCAGCUCCUCUGAUCAUCUCACCUCUUCAUUACAACAAAUGAAUUUACAGUUUGCAUCCAAAGUACUAUUCGGUAACACUUUAUUUUACGACCCGCAAAGUACCGCGUAAUUAAACCGAAUUUACAGCGUACCUAUUUGUAACAACAGGGUACCUCACCAGUACAUACUUGUAGGUGUAAGGGAAUAAUAUUUUAAGUUUAGGGUAAUAAGGGGGUAAGAAUAUGAAGAAUUAUAAAUUAUUUAUACUCUAAGUAUUUUAUAACAACAGGGUACCUAUUGUAAUAUUACGUGGUAUGUAUGACUUAGUCAAGUCU